AUGGGACAAAGUACUUCAAUUGAGACAGACAGUCUUAAAAAUAAUGUUGCCAAUACUUUAAACACCAAAGAAUCUAUUUUGUUAUAUUAUGACAACAAAGCUGUCAAAGAAUUUAGGAAACUUGAAUUGUCAUCAUUUAAAGAAAAAAUUGGUAAGGUGAGCCUUUCAGAACCAUUAUCAGAUGAAGAUGUUAUCAGCUGGUUGAAUAUUCCUAAGGACAAUGCGGGUUUAAUAAUAACUACUUUGAAAAUGGUAAGAGUUUAUAGUAAUUUCCCUUUCAUUAAUUCACCAUUUAAAGAAAUUACAGGUAUUGGUUUAUUAAAAACAAUUUUGUUAUUAGACAAAGAUAAGUUUACCAAGUUUGUAGGUUAUGGAAACUAUAAUUAUUCAACUCUAUUAUUCAUUUCAUUAGCGACUGAAAUUACACCUAGCAAAUUAAACAAAUCUUCGAGAAAUAUUUUGAGUAAUAAUGAAAAUCUGGAAAACAGUUCAAUAAAUUUUAAAGAAAUUAUACAAAAUUAUGACAAUGUUCAAUUGAACCAAUUAUCAAUAUCCAAUGAAAAUCUUUUACCAUUCCUUCAAUGGUUACUAAUUAUCUGGGAUUUGGUACCCAACGAUAACUCCAUCAUUGAUGUUAUUGAAAUAAACCGAAACAUGGAGAGUUAUAAACCGAUAUGUUUAAAUAUUCUAAGAACAAUAAAUUCUAAAAAUAGCAAUAAUAUUACAAAAAACCAAUUUGUAAAUGCAAUUUCAAUGUAUUUACCUAAUCUAUGGAAGCCUCUGUCAAUUCUUUUUAAACAUUUGUUAUACAAAACCGACGAAUUAGAAAUCUCUUCCUCCUUAAGAAUAACUUUUCAAGAAACAGACUUAAUGACAAAGAGUUUAGCAUCUUUGCUUACCUUAAUGAUACCACAAGACCAGUUUAUCAUUAAUAAUAUUCAAAAAUUAUACAUUGGCGGAGAAUAUGGAUUUUCAAUGAGAUCGUUUCAAAGUAAAGUGUUUAAAUGGUUAGCGCCAACUAUUUUAUUAAUUAGUGGUUUGAGAAUUUUAGAUGGUACUGAAUAUGCAAAACAAAAAAAUCCUCGUUACAACAAGUUUUUAGAAGAAUACGAAAUUUUAAAAAAUGAUAGACAAUUCAUUGAAAAAUCAUUAUUAAAGAAACGUAAAGUAAUAUUUGCUGUUAUAAUUAAAGAACCAUGGAAAAUUACCAAUAAAGGCCAAUUUGGAGGUAAAGGAACCACCAUAUACCAAUUAUCACCAUGGAUUGAUAUAUAUAAAGCUACAAAGUCGGACAUUGUAUAUUUUAACACAAAUGGUGGAGGUAUUGGAAUUGGAAAUGAACAACCUAUAAUCAAACCAACCCACAAGAAGUAUGUUCCUGGUAAUGUUUCUUUAACAUUAGAUAAUUCUCUAGAAUUUGGUGUCUUCAGGCAUAUUGGAUAUGGAGGUGCUAUCAGUCCUGGAUUAUUAAGCUGUAUCGAUGAAGUUCAUUCAAAUCACGCAAAUAUCUUUGAGAUAAAAUUUUUAAUAAAGCAGGUGGAAGUAUGGGGGUGUGGUGGUGAAAAAGAAUUAGCUGAACAAAUCAAAAGUUUAGAAUGGGAAGAGGCAGAGGCUAAAAGAAGACAACAGAUUAAUUUGAAGAGUCUUGGAGAAGAUCGUGCUCUUUUAGAAAUGGCAGGACUUAUCGGACAACACCGGAGUGGCGGUUCAAUAUAA